UCCUAUUUCCUUGCUAUAUCUUCUCUAUUGCAAUCACCAAAAAACUUGUAAUAGAAAAUAAGAGAGAGAGAGAGAGAGAGCGUAAGGAAAUUAAAAUGUCUUCGUCCUUCAAAUUAGCAAUUUCCAUCAUUGUCUCAUCCCUACUUCUCCAUGCAGCUUUAGGUGAUAUCAUAUGCGAGAAUCUGCCGGAGGAAAUGUGCGCGUUUUCGAUAUCGGCGUCGGGGAAAAGAUGCGUGUUGGAGACUGAAAACGUGGCCGGAAAAUUCUAUUGUCGGACGUCGGAGGUGGACGUGGAGGGGAUGGUGAACCACGUGGAGACCGAUGAUUGCAUGGCGGCUUGUGGGGUUGACCGGAAAACGGUCGGAAUCUCGUCGGACAAAUUGCUGGAACCUGGUUUCGCGGCGAAGCUUUGCUCACGGGCUUGUUACGACAACUGCCCUAACAUCGUCGAUCUUUAUUUCAACCUCGCCGCCGGUGAAGGUGCAUUUUUGCCAGAUCUAUGUGAGGCUCAUCGGGCAAAUCCUCACCGUUCGAUGUUAGAGAUCCUCAGCUCCGGCGCUGCACUUGCUCCGGCUCCCAUGUGAAGCUCAUGAAGCCAUGUGUCAGACUCAAUUCUAUCCAUUUAAUAUAUCGAUCUUAUUAUAUUUCGACGAUAUAUGAAUUGAUUACGUUCGUUAAUUAAUUCAUAUAUACACAUAUAUGUAUGCAUGGAAGAGGAGGGAGAGAGAGAGAGAGAGAGAGAGAUUGAUUGAUUGAUUGGUGCUAUGUUGUUUGGACACUUUUUUCCAUAUUUCCCAUAUUAUAAUCACAUAUCAAAUAAAUACACCAUAGUUUCCAUA